UUAGUUUGGCCCAGCAAAGCAACACGCCCGCGCCCACGCAGCGCCAAAGUCCAAGUCCAAGUCGUCGCCGUCGCCGUCGCCCCCUCCGCGCGACUAGGCCCUGUUAUCGCGUGAGCGUGUGCCGUGUGGUUUGGGGGAGCAAUGAGCGCAAAGGGCCUGGUCGCCGCUGUACGGCCGCAAACGUCGUCCUGGAGCAGCGAGGGUGCGGCGCAGCUGGGGUUUGGCUCUGGCUUGGCGUUGAGCGCAACCGCAAGCGAGGCCCGAGCGGGUAGCGCGACCGGCCAAUCUCUGCGCGGCUUGAUGCACGCGGAGCGGCUGGCCGAGAGGCUUGAGCGCUUUGCUUGUCUGCCUCUGCCUCUGCCUCUUUCUCAUGCACCCGCACCAGCGUUGGACAAGCUCCCAGCUAUUGAAUCGUCCAUAGCACCACAUGGCGUCUUGCUGGCGGGGCGCGCCAUCUGCCCACCACCCACCGGCCAGACCACUCGAGCGGCACGGCGGCGAGGGCACACAAACAAGACGCAAAAAGAAGCUUUUGGCCUGCCCAAAGCAGUGGGAGAAUCAUCCAAGACGUGCAUGGGUGUCGAUAGCCGCUUGCAUACAUACGUAAGUAGAGACAAAUAAUACGUGCC